GACGAAUCUAUGGUUUACGAACCAAUCAGAUAUAAGAUAGCAGGUCUCGGAUUUUGGCGCGGAAUUCAUGCGUCUAUUUGGCGUUAUAGCUGAUAUUCUCUGAAGCACACUCCCCUACACUUUCUCAGCUGCCACGUUCCCCCCGGGCUAAUUACCAACCUAUCAACAACUGAAUAUCACUAUGCGAAGUCCCCAUGAUAAGUUUUUCUAUGAUGUCUAUAGUGUUAUAAGUCAAUGGGAGUUCAUAAUUCUCCGCAUCCAGACAAUACUUUUGUGGGAACGUGUGGUCCCAAGUUUUGUUUUCACAGCAUUCGUACACCUAGUGUUCUUGUAAAUUUUUAAUUAUCAUUCAUUAUUCAUAGAUCAUUUAUAAAAAGCAACUUCAGCACAGUGUUUAUUUUCUGUCUGGCGUUGUUUCUUGUCUUGUUAUGCAACCUCUUACAACCUCUAAUGGCGAGAUUUUUUCUAGAUUCUAAGCGUUCACCUGGUUCAUUCUCAGAACUUGUUUCCGUUUGUCUGGAAAAUGGGAGCAUCAUGUCUACUACUGAUCUCAGCCAUUGGAUAUCUAGCUAUCUUUAUAGUGCACUUAAUAUCGCAAAUAAACUUGCUCCGUGUCAUCGGAAUCAUCCUAUCUCGUUUUUCAUUAUUUCAAGCUCUAUCAGUAUUGGAUGCAUCGUACUUAGCAUGUAUGUUUCCGGUGUAACCUUAGCUUAUAUAGCUCUCAAUAUUUGUUUGAUUUUACCAACUUUGCUGCAUCAUCGUGUAAUUUCCCGUGUUUGGGACUUGAUUAAACCUAUUUUAACGCGUAUCGAAGCGGAGUUCGAUAAAAAUCCGUUAGAAUCUCCCGAAGAACGCGAUGCUGGUGAGCGAGAACUUUACGAGCCUAUUGUUGAAGCUGCAAAUGCUGCAAAUUCUUCCGUAUUCCCUGUUGGAUUUUUAACAGACGUACCCAUGAAACUGGAAUCUAAUCAGUUAGAGUCAGAAGAACUAGAUAACUCGGAAGCAGUAUUCAUCAAACAGUUUGUUUCCGAUAUUAGUUCUGAAGAACUGGAUCGCUUGUUCUCUGAAGCUCUUGGUGAGCAUGAAACUGCAGCAAAAAACACUAUCAGACAUAACAAAUCCGAUAAUAAUAAUCAUAAUAAUAAUUUCUCAGAAUUUACUGACACAGAAUAUCCAUAUAUAAUUAAACAGGAAACAGUAGAAAAAUCACAUUCACCACCAAUUUUAUGGGCAAUGGAAAGUGAGUAUGCUACAGAUGAUGAUGAAAGCAGCGAUAUCAUGGGUGAGGUUUAUCCAUCUCCGAUGAUAAUGAAUAAAGAUAUUGAACAUGAAGGAUUUGUAUUUGUACGAAAAAAAGAAUCAAAAUAAAACUAAACUAAUAAUGACUUCAUUCGUUGGGUAUUUUGUUUUCUCCCCUUUACAACUAUUCACUAUCUGUAUACAACCAUACUCUACUUUCCAUAAUUAUUUAUUCUAUUAAGUUUUAUUUCAUACUUAUUAUUUCUAUUAAUGGUUGUAUUGGAGUAGAUCACUGUAAAGUUGGUUAUUAUUGUUGCUAUGCUGAAAGUAUCAAAAAAUCCUUUUUUUUUUGUUUUUCCUGUUUUUUUUUUACAGAUUUUAACUGAUCCACAUAGUUUUAUGUAAUAAAAUGCAUUUAUAUUGAAACAUUGAUAUCUUUCAAAUAGUAUUGUUUGUUUGAAUCUUCC